AUGGAGGGUGCCAAAUCAUGCUCAAGUCCCACAAGUUUUGCUCAUAGGUUGUCUCUUGCUGAAGGUCCACCAUUUGAAGACAUUACCUUAUACAGAAGCACACUUGGUGCCUUACAAUAUUUGACAUUGACCAGACCGGAUGUGGCCUUAAUAAUCAACAAGUUGAGCGAAUUUAUUCAUGCACCUAAUGUUAUUCAUUGGGAGGCCUAUAAGAGAUUGUUGAGGUAUCUUAAGGGUACAAUACAUGAAGGUCUUCUUCUCAAGUAUGCUCUCAACAUGUCUCUCUCUGCAUACUCAGAUGUUGACUGGGCCAGUUGCCCCAAUGACAGGAAAUCAACAAGUGGUUAUGUAGUGUUCCUGGGUGAAAAUCUAAUUUCUUGGUCAGCUAAGAAACAACAGGUGGUGGCACACUCAAGCACUGAAAGUGAGUUUAGACCACUUGCUAAUGCAGCAUCUGAACUUCAAUGGCUUACCUCUUUAUCGACUGAACUCAAGUUCUCUCUUCAUGAGAUUGUUGAACUUCAUGAGAUUGGGAGGCCUGUAAGAGAUUGUUGA